GGGGCUUGGUUUUCUAAAUGCAGCUUCAGGUUUCAAUUAUGCGUUGAAAUGUUAUCUGGCUUCCAAAGCAACCUGCAAAUUAUCUACUUCUCUUCGUUACAGACAAACCUCCCAAUCUUCAAAUUGAAGGAAUCGUGUGUGAGGAGACGAUACAGUGACUUUGAAUGGCUGAAGAAUGAGCUGGAACGAGACAGUAAGAUUGUAGUGCCACCGCUGCCUGGAAAAGCUUUGAAACGACAGCUUCCCUUCCGAGGAGACGAAGGCAUCUUUGAGGAGUCCUUCAUUGAAGAGCGGAGACAGGGAUUAGAACAGUUUAUUAACAAAAUUGCUGGACACCCACUGGCACAGAACGAGCGCUGCUUACAUAUGUUCCUGCAAGAGGAGACUAUUGAUAGGAAUUACGUCCCAGGGAAAGUGCGUCAGUAGGAGCACCUGGCACCGUCUUCCUCCAUUCCACCCUCCCUCCUGCAAAAAUGACAUUUAUUUUUACACUAAAUCUGUCUUCUCUGAACCAGCUUUUCCUCUCUUGAACCUCCCAGUUUGUUCAGUAUUUUCCUCUUUUGUAACUGGCAGCAGCUUAUUCUACUGGGCUGUGGUCUUGGCCUAAAGCUAUGAAGAUUUAUGCAAGUGAGUGUCUUGUCCCACACCAAGGGGCAGAUGUGAAUCAGUGUGGGGCAGGAACUUGUUUAUGGCAUUAGGGUGUAGGAGCUGCCUCUCUCCCUGUACAGGAAGGUAUGAGAUGACCUUCACUCCCCUGUCUGUGCAGCCCCAAGCAUCUCUGCCGGAGACUGAAGAAUAGCAGUUGUCAUGUUGGUCAGUGAUUGCAUCAGGUAUUAGUUUUAGUAAGGCUUAUCCAAAACAGUGAGUAGGUGCCUGGGUGUGUUGGUCUCUUGUCCACCCCAUUCACCCUGCAUGAAACCCCCAUUCUUCGCUGUCUGGAAGUGCUGAGACCCAAGACCUACUCUAACCCUGCUCUCAGACUCCUGCGUUACAGACCCAUUUGGUGUAUUUGUGUUAAUCCCCCUCCUUUCUAACAUGCUGCUGGCAGCUUGAGGGGUUUCCAUGACGCGUGGUGUCAUGAUACUCUGUGUGGGCAGUUUGGUGUAUGGAAGCUUGGAUAGUCUGGGCUGUAGCAGUGUGUGCU